AUGGAUUCAAAUACCCAUGAAAUUGUUGAUCCAAAGGCGGAAUUUCGGAAGCCUUUUAAUGAUUCAGGUAACCGGAAGUACAGGCGCCGGUCUCCUCUUAAUGGGUCUUCAUCUUCAUCCGGUGGGAGUCCUGGCCGUGAGCGCAUCUCUAGUCCAAUCCAAUCAAGGAAGGAUGAGGAAAUUGAUGGAGACAAAAGAAGAAGAGACGGGCAUAGGGACUUAGAUAAGGAUUUAAGUAGGAGUCAGUAUAGUCGCAGUGGUGAAUUAAAUAAACGUUCAGAUCGACAGUCAUCUGGGAAUUCCCAUAGUUAUCGUACACAUAACGAUUACAGGAGACGAGAUAAGCAUGUGGAUGAGUAUGAUAGAGAUUACCCUAAAUCCUCCUCUCGUUCUGAUCGGAACUCACGUGAUUGUUAUAAUUCCAAUCACUCAAGUCGGGAUUAUGAGCAUCGGUCCAGAGAAUAUCCACGUGAUGUUCACAAAUACUCUCGAGAUAAAUCUGACAAUUUGGGGCAUAGAAGCAGGGAUAAAGAUAAAGACUCAUCAUCUGACAGAGCUGGAUCUGGUAGGAGAUAUACCAGCUUUGAGGAUGGUAAGUCUGGGGAGAGGUACAGACAUGGAGAGGAUAGAGAUGGCCGAGAUGGGAAGAGGGGUUCAGGAGAUUACAGAAACGAUAGUCUAAAAGAAGCUUCCAGGAGAGAGACUAAGGAACUAGAUGGUGAGAAGUACACCAUAGAGGAAAAGAAGAGGUUUGAUGAUAGGGAUAAGUACAAGGAGCGACAUUCUGAAGAACCAGAGGAGUACUCUGAAGAUAGAAAGGCUUUGUCCAGCAAAGAUCAGGAGUCCAUUGCUAAGAAGCCAAAGUUAUUUAGCUCCAAUAGCACAGGUUCUGGAAAAGCAAACUUAGCUGAUGGUCAGUCUUCAAGCUCAAAGGAAGCGCAAGUGGCUUCUGGAAGAGUUCCCUCAGAGCAGGCCUAUGUGACAGAUUCUGAUAUUGAUGCUGCAAAAACAGCUGCUAUGAAAGCUGCUGAACUAGUUAAUAAGAAUUUGGUUGGAACUGGAUACAUGUCUACUGAUCAAAAGAAGAAGCUGUUGUGGGGCAAUAAGAAAAGCACAACAACGGAAGAGUCUGUUCACAAUUGGGAUACGGCAACAUUUGGUGAUCGGGAACGACAAGAAAAGUUCAACAAGCUUAUGGGCGUGAAAGGGGAUGCAAAAGUGGAGCAAAAGCAAGACAACCACGACGUGGAGAAGCUCCAAUUGGAUCUCGAGAAGCAAUACACUGCUGGAUUGCGUCGAAGGGAUGGUCGGACAGUUGGUUUGGGUCUUUAA